UAUAAACUCGUUACUGGUUGCUAAAUAUGAGUUUUAAUACCUAGUUACAUAAAACAGCAAGGUUAUAUCCACAUAUACCUAAUAUACUGGUAAAAUAAAAUCUCGUAAACGCUAUAUUAUUAUACAGAGUUAAUUACCAUAGAACUUACCUUUUGUAUUCUGUAAAUUUGCAGUAAAAAUGGCAAGUGAAACCCAAGGAAUUCAACAACUUUUAGCCGCAGAAAAAAAGGCUUCUGAAAAAGUGUCUGAGGCGAGAAAAUGUAAAGCCAGGAAAUUAAAGGCAGCCAAAGAAGAAGCAAAAGGAAUAAUAGAGAAAUGUAAAUGUGAGGAAGAACAAAAGUUUAAAGAAAGCGAAAAAAUGAUCCUUGGUUCAAGAAAUGAUGUGAAGACACGCAUGGAUAAGCACCAAGAAGAUGUAAUUAAGAAACUUGCCCAAGAAGCAACUGAAAACAAGGACAAAGUUAUUCAAAGAAUUCUUGAGCUUGUAUGCGAUGUGAAACCAGAACUUCAUAUAAAUUAUAAAACAACUUAAUUUAAUCUCAGUUAUUAUCCCAAAAGUUUAAGAUAUAAUAUGUGUUCUAUAUCAUUUCAAAGAACACAUAUUACUUGGUACUGACAAUGUCUGUGUUAUUGCAAAAACAAAAGAAAAUGUUUUUCAUUGUAUUAAGCUUAGAUAAUAGAGAAUCAUUAUUAGUGUACAAGAAUAUGUUUUAUUUCUUCUAACAGACCAAUAUGUUGUGCAAUGUUGUGACCUUGAAAUAUAUAAUACUUGAAUAAAUUGUGAAAUGUUGGUCUCUUA